GAGAAGAAGAUAGUCUGGCUUGGAGUUUUCUUUGGAGCUGGUUUGCAGGCUGGGGCUUUGGAGGUGCCUGAACUAGGUUUGGCAGAAGUCUCUUUCCUCACUUGCCCUGCAGAGGAAGAAAAUUUGUCAAUAGUUUUGUCAGCUUUGAGGGAUGCCAUUUUAAAUACUCUUCUAAGCAAACACUUCACCUAG